GGUUGCGUUGCAGUGAGCCAGGAUUGUGCCACUGCACUCCAGCCUGGGUGAGAGAGCGAGACACUGUCUCAAAAACCAAAACAAAUUUGUGGCUACCUGGGGGAAGUGGAAUGGGGGACCUGUUGGGAAUAAAGGUUUUUCUUACAUUCUGAGCCUGGCUGCUUUCAUUUUCUGCUUCUGGCCAGGACAGACUCUGGGCCCUGCUUUUCACUUCCUACAGGCAUGGGGCAUUGAUCCCAGAGCCAGCUGGGAGCCACAGUCCAGGAACAGAUCUAGCCAUCCUCCUUAGGGAACAACCUCUGAAGCUGAUCCGCCAUUGAGCUCAGCCUUGUGCUUUAGAGUGGCAAGGAGGCUCUGCAGAGUAAGGAACACCUGUGUUGAAGUGUGAUCUCCCUAGAGCAGAUUGGAUGAAACCCUGAGUGCAGAUAAAUGCUCCUGCCAGAGGCUCCCUCUGCCUUCCUGGGUGAGAGGGCUGGACUCCACCUCUGAUUGGCACCGCUCCCAGCCCUUCCUUGGUUGCCUGGCAACAGCUCUGUGUCUCUGACAGAUUACACUAUGGCGGCUGGCCAUCCAGCAGCCAAGAGGGUUGUGGUGUACCGGAAUGGGGACCCCUUCUUCCCAGGCUCCCGGCUGGUGGUGACUCAACGCUGCUUCCCCACCAUGGAGGCCUUCCUCUGCGAGGUGACAUCAGCCGUGCAGGCCCCACUGGCUGUGCGUGCUCUCUACACUUGUCACGGCCAUCGUGUCACUGACCUGGCAGACUUGAAGAAUGGAGGGCAGUAUGUGGCCGCUGGCUUUGAACAAUUCCACAAGCUCCACUAUUUACCCCAUGGAGGGAAGGAUCCAGGUGGGAAGAGCUGCAGACUACAAGGUUCUCCGGUGACUCACCACCUGCGUGAUGGGCCUCUUGGACUGCGGCUGCCUGCAGGUGCUCCCUGCUACAUCCAUGUGUUCAGGAAUGGGGAUCUGGUAAGUCCCCCAUUUAGUGUGAAGCUGCCCCGGACUGCCAGCCAGGAUUGGGAAACUGUGUUGAAGCUCCUGACUGAGAAGGUCCAGUUGCAGAAUGGGGCUGCAUGCAAACUCUGCACCCUGGAGGGGCUCCCACUGUCAGCAGGGGAGGAGCUGGUAAGUGGCCAUUACUAUGUGGCUGUCGGAGAGGAUGAGUUCAAGGCCCUCCCCUAUCUGGAGCUGCUGGUACCCAGCCCUUCCCUGCCCAGGGGCUGCUGGCAUCCUCCAGACUCGAAGUCUAGGGCCUACAGGCAGGGGGCCCAAGGCCACAGGGCACAGGUAACCCAGCCCUCUCCAAAGGAACCAGACCAAAUUGAGCCAUCGACUUUCUAUGCCAGACCCCAGAAGACCAUUCAGCCAAGAAGCACCCCUACAAUCUCAUUCCCAUCAGGAGUUACAGGAAUAUAUGGGGUUCCCCACCCAAGGAAGGAGACAGCAGGGGCCCAGGAAGUAGCAGAUGAUGAAGACACCCAGACAGAGGAGCCCUUGGAUGAGGACCUCCUGGCUGAGAGCUGGAGGCUGGCCACUCUCUCACUCCAUUCUGCAUGGCCUUCCACUUCCUCCAGAGGGCAGCACAGAUAG